AUGUUUAGAAAAGUACUGGAGGGGUUUCGCUUCAAGUGGAAGUCAUACCGACACCGAUUUUUGCCCUGGAUUGUUCUAAACAUUUCCAAAAAUGAGAAAACACUUCGCCAAGUCAAAGGUCGCGCUGAGGACAAGUUGGUCCCGGACGAAGAGGUCUCACAGAAACUUGUGCGACUCUUCCGAGAUCUUUACGGAGCAGAUCGACGCGUUCACUCCCACGAGCAGGUAGCCGGUGACGGUGACAAGGCGCGGCGUGGACACGAUGCCAUGUUCCGAACAUUUGGUUUCUGCAUCGACCGGAAGCCCAGCACGCUUCCCUUUGCGGGAACGGGAGUCUUUAUUACCAAGGGUUUCGUCCCUAGAGGAGCAACUGUCGCCAUGUAUCCUGGCACCAUCUACCAAACUUAUGAGCCCAUUUUUCUCCAAUCCAUCAGAAACCCGUUCGUCUUUCGGUGCAUAGACGGCGUCCUGGUUGAUGGAAAGGACAAAGGGAUCUCCAAGAUGGUGUACAAGUCGUGCAGCGGCAGAGACCGAAUGGGCCCUUUGGCGAUGAGCGAUAGCAGCUGGCUGACGGCGGCCCCUCAGAACCCGCUGGCGGUGGGUCAGUACGUGAACAACUGCUCCGACGAGAGGCCCGCCAACGUGUGCUACCAGGAGUUGGACGUUCCCGACGCCUUUCCAGUGGAGCUUCGGCGUUAUCUCCCUAACGUCAACUACGGUCCGGACUCACAGAGACCUCUUCGCUGCGUGGUCCUGGUGUCGCUCAGAGACAUUAGAGCAGGAGAAGAGCUAUUUUCCAAUUACUACACUAUUGUUCACUAG